ACGGCGACUGCAGUGUCUUUCAACGUGGAAAGAGACCUGAGGCUAAUGACGUCCAUACUGGGAAUCGAGCAUUACACUUUAAUUAUGUUAGGCGUUAUAACGGAAUACCCCAUGUUAUACGCGCCUUGGUUGCUAAUGCAACUUUGCGUUAUCAUUGUGGAAAUUAUAGUUUUCUUCGUGAGAUUUUUCUUGGAUGGCUUGCACUUCAAACGCAACGAAAUAUUGCAAGCAAUAUUUACUUUGUAUAACUGGUUGCAGGUUUUCUGUCUUUUUCAUCGACAAGUACGACAGACGGUUUAGUGACCCAUAUUGAUAUUAAAUUAUUAUACAUUUAUAUUAUUUUGAUGUAAGAGAACUAUAAAUUAUGUAAAUAAACUUUGACAUUUUUUGUCAACUUCUAUUUUAAAGGAAUCUAACUAAUCAGUUAAAUCAAUUUUGAUUAAUAGACUUCAAUUUAUGAAAUAUUUAAUUUAUUUCUUUAAACCUUUUACUUCUCUUGCACAUGUAAAAUCAACAUUGAAAAGUUAAUAAUUUUUCGUAAUGCAUAGACAAAAUAUUUUUACUUUUAAUGAAAUCUAAAUUUAAUUCUGAAAUUUA